AUGACCGCCCCUCCGUCCCACCCCGCCACAUACAUCAACUUUCCCUUCUCCCUCAUCCUCGAGCGCAUGCCCUCCGAGAAGGAUCCCAACGUCUUUCCUCCCAAGACAUGGCUCGAACGCGCGAAAUACUAUGGAGACAAGGCCACCCUGGCUGAGAGAAAGGGGUGCAAGGAGGAUAUGUAUGUGUGGUAUACGCUGUACUGCCAGUGCUACCUCCACGCUGGGACACACCCAGACUGGGGAGAGGCGAAGAAGAAGGAUCCGGCGCUGGCAGCGAGAUACAAGGAGAUGAAGCCUAUGUACGAGCAAUAUUUCGGCAAGGCAAAGGUCGUCAAAGAGCAGCUUCGUGCAGCAGAAGCCAAACCCACCACCUCCUCCUCCUCUCGCCCCCAUCCUACCCGUCAACCCUCAGGCCCAGAAACAGGAAGCAUAGGCAACCUCCGCGAUCGCAUGGCUGCCCUCGCAGGCCACGGCAUGGCGGUCGAAUCGGUCCAGCCAACAGCAGGCGCGGCAAAGAGGAUGAGCCGGGAUAUGCCCCCGCCAAAGAUCGUGGCCAAGCCGGCUGCUCUGAGUGGGAAUUAUCUUUCCGGGGCUGGGAGGGCGAGGAGCAGUAGUGGGUCGCACAAGUCGCCGACGACGACGGGCGGGGCGCAGGUUAUAGUGACGGCGUCCUCGAGACCGUCGGCUCCUUCGCCGGCGCCCAGUUUUGUCAGUACCCAUCCCACCGGCUCGUCGAUGCGCUCGAAUAAUCAAGCAAAUCUUGGGCCAUCUGCUGGGCCUAGUAAUGCAGCAUCGCCGCCCUCUUCGCUGAUACACAGCGCGAGCGUCACGCCGACCGAUAGAGCUCCCUCCACCUAUACUACACCCCAAGCCAGUCCCCUACCUCCUCCGCCUACUGUCAGACUGAACCCUUCACCCCGACCGCCAAAUGGGGCUCAUCCUCCGGCGCCUCCAGCCCACCAGACGUUCCAAGAGUUUGAACGGAAUUUCCCCUCCCUAUCCGAGUUUACCAAAGAGUGGGAAGAACCUCUCCCGAAUCCCCAUUCUCCUAACGGCGACGGGGCAGACGAUAGAUCCCCCAAUGGAUACUCCAACGGAGAUGCCGGUCUGCCCAACCUGCCCUCUGUCCCUACGAGCAGACCAGGUCUACCACCCCCGCCGUCCAAACCCGACUUUGGUUCCUUCUCCCCACGCGACGAACGCUCUACCGCACCGUCGCCCGUUUCCCACAACGGCCCCAGCCGAGUUGACGAUGUGGCUGGUCCGAGUACACAACGACCCGAAAGCUCUGCUGGGCGGGCUAAAGAGGACGAUUCUCGGGCAAACGGCGUCAAUGGCAAGACCCAGCUCAACUUUCCCGUGGCCGUCCCCACCCCUCCUACCCAAGCACGUUCCCCCCUCCCACCUACCCCUUCACAAUCCGUCCCGCCCCCCUCGCUAUCGGCACCACCCCGCGAAAAACCGCGGUUCCCCAUAUCAAACUCUAUCGCCCCCGACCAACUACGCGGCUACUUUUUGAACCCGUCUGUCGAGAUGCUGUUUCUCGAUGUGAGGCCGCAGGAAGAGGCAAAGUAUCAUGUGGCGCAGGAGUAUGAGUCGAGGACGUUGAAGGAGGUGAAUGUGGUGCAGAUUGAUCCGACUUUGCUUAUGCGCGAUGGUAUGGACAUUCCCAGACUCGAAGAUUCCCUCUCCCUCUCGCCCCCCAAACAACAGACGUAUUUCGCGAAUCGCGACAAGUACGACCUGGUCAUCGUCUACGACGCUUCAUCGACCAAUUGGCCUACGAGCGGACCGCUUCAGAGAUUGUGGAACAUGUUUUUCAACGGGCAUGACCCGAAGAAAUUGCAGAGACCGCCGGUGGUGCUCAUUGGGGGACAUAACGGGUGGAUAGAGUUUAUCAAGAUGAGGGCGGGGAGACAUCAGGCUCACAAGGAGAGUCGGAGUGGCGUUUUGACUUCCGCUGAUGUGAUCGUUAGAGAACCGGAUGUAGUCUCGCCAGUGACUUCGGGCCAGAAAAAGGCAAACAGAGACAUGCCAGUCUACCAGCCAUCCCAAUACAGCAAGACCAUCACCGAAAACUUCGCCUCGGCCCCUCAAUCCAUGACCGGCGAAUCCCGCUACUCGCAGUCCCACACUCAAUCAUACCCCUCCUCCUACAAAUCACCCCCGCCUUCAUCGCAUCAGCAUCAUCGAACAGGCUCGAGUUACUCUGUCCAAGCGCCGAUUGCGGCCCCUCCGCAAGCUAGUAUACACCCAGGACCGGGGGCGAGGCGAAGGAGCGACUAUAUCGAGCAUAGCGGGCAGACGUAUUCUGGUGCUACGCCGAGUACUUCGUCGACACCCCAACCGCAAUCACAAUCCCAAGCUACAUCACCGACGUCCAACUAUUACUCCCCACCUUCUACCAGCAUCGCCCAGAACCUGACAUCCCCUCGUCAAGGCGUAGACUACCCCCAAGCACACGCGCUUGCCAAAGUCGCAAUGCCGCCGCCUGUCGCCAGACCCAUGGAGAGGCAUGAUUAUAGUUCUAUGGGCGGGGGGUAUAUGCCGGGGCAGGGGCAUGGGCAGGGGCAGGGGCAGGGGCAUUUGGUGAAGAGCCAUGCGCAGAGGGAUUUGCGGCAGAAUGGGGUUGUGGCUGGGGGAGAGAAGGUGGGGUAUUGGUUGGAUGUCGUUGUUGGAUUAACGGGGUUGAAGAAUCUUGGAAAUACGUGUUAUAUGAACUCUACGAUACAGUGUUUGAGCGCGACGUUUCCUUUUGCGACAUUCUUCCUUGAUAAUACUUUCAAGAAGUCUAUCAACCUGGACAAUCCGCUAGGUACCAAGGGCGAGCUGGCAAAGGCUUGGGCGGGGCUGUUAUCAGUCUUGUGGAGUGAGAAGUACGAGUUCUUGUCGCCCAUGACUUUUCGAAAACAAAUCAUCCAAUUUGCCCCCCAAUUCCUCGGUACCGACCAACACGACUCCCAGGAAUUCCUCUCCUUCGUCCUCGACGGCCUGCACGAAGAUCUCAAUAGGAUCAAGAAGAAGCCUGCGCCGGUAGAGAUGACGCCGGAGAGAGAAGCCAUGCUGGAGACGAGCCCGCCCGAGGUGGCGAGUGAGAGCGAAUGGCAGAUUUACAGGCAGAGGAAUGAUAGUUUGAUUGUGGAUCUGUUUCAGGGGCAAUAUCGGAAUAGGUUGCAGUGCUUGACUUGUCAUAAAACAUCGACAACGUACGAUGCGUUCAUGUACAUGUCCCUACCUGUACCCACAGGCAAGACGAAGGUUGUCGUACAAGAGUUGAUUGACGAGUUUGUCAAGCACGAGAUUAUGGAAAAGGAAGACGCCUGGUACUGCCCUCGCUGCAAGACCCGACGCCGAGCUACCAAAACCCUCUCCAUCUCCCGCCUCCCGCCUGUCCUCCUCAUCCAACUCAAGAGGUUCACAACCCGCGACGGCCGGUUCUGGGACAAGUCUGAAACUCCCGUCAUCUUUCCCAUCCGCGGACUCGACCUCUCGAGGUACUUGCCAGCGCGGCGGCAGGAUACAGGCGCAGGAGGACUGGAUAUGAAUGAUCCGAGGACGCAGGUGGGGCCCUUCAAGUAUGAUUUGUAUGCUGUUAGCAACCAUAUGGGCACGCUGAGUUCGGGGCAUUACACGGCGUUUGUGAAGAGUAGAGAAGGGUGGAAGUAUUGCGAGGAUAGUCAGAUCUCUAGUGCGCAGGAGAAGGAUGUUGUGGUGAGUUCUUCAGUCUCUUGGGUUGAACAAGGAGCACGUGGAAUCUAUCCCGCGUGGCUCGUUCAAUUGCUACCCUCCUUUGGGUACCAAGCCUGA